AAGGAAAGCAGGGGCUGUUUUGAGCUGGGAGUGCAGGGGGGGCGUGUCUCCAGCAGCCCCUUUCCAUACCGAGCAGAGCCUGGCCCAGCGGCACCCUGGGGGUCAGGGCUGGGAGGGGGCUGGCUUAGAGCCACCGGGCCAGCGUCUGAUCCUGCCAAGGCAGCAGCGGCUGUUUCCCGUGGUGGGUGCAGAGCCGGGAAUGGCGCAGGCCCCAGGCGUGGGCGCUCCCUACGCCGGGGACGGCUCCACCAUGGCCCAGUGGCAGGAGGUCCAGCAGCUGGAGAACACCUACCUGGAGCAGGUGCACCAGCUGUACUCGGAGGACCACCUGCCCAUGGAUGUGCGGCAGUACCUGGCCCCCUGGCUCGAAGACCAGAACUGGAGCCGGGCGGCUGAGCCCCCCGCGGCCGAGCUGCACUCUGCCCAGGCCCACAUGCUCUUCCACACCCUGCUGGCCCUGCUGGACGACCAGUACAGCCGCUUCGGGGCCAGCGAGGACGACUUCGUGCUCAAGCACAACCUGCGCAAGUCCAAGCUCAACUUGCAGGCCAAUUACCAGGAGUGCCCGGAGCAGCUGGCCAACGUCAUCGCCAACCUGCUGCGGGAGGAGAAGGCCAUUCUGAGCAGGGGGCUCGCGGCCCAGCAGGCCGCCGCGCAGCCACCGUCCAGUGCCCCCAUGGAGACGGACCGGCAGCAGAAGAUCGAGCGGCGCCUGGCGGAGACCAGGGCAGCGGUGCAGGUGGGUACGGCCCGGCUAUCGCCUGGAUCGCGGGACCUGGAGGAGCUACAGGACACCUUCGAUUUCCGCUAUAAGAUGCACCGUAUGGUUGCGAAUGGCGCCUCCCCCAGCCCCGAGCUGGCCCGCCAGACGGAGCAGCUACAGGCCAUGCUGAACAACCUGGACCGGAGCCGCAAGGACGUGCUGGCCCGGGCGCAGGAGCUGCUGGGCCGCUGUGAGACGCUGCGGGAUUUCCUGCUGGAGGAGCUGGCCGAGUGGAAGGACCGGCAGCGGAGGGCCUGCAUCGGGGCAGCCUGCGACACCAGCCUGAGCCGCCUGGAGACCUGGUUCACGGGGGCGGCCGAGGUGCUGUUCCAACUCUGGCACCUCCUGCGGGCCCUGGGCGACCAGCAUGUCAAGCUCACCUACCAGCACGACCCGCUGACCACGCAGCGACCCCUGCUGGAGAGCCGGCUGCAGGAGCAGCUCGCCUGCCUCUUGAGGAGUGCCUUCGUGGUGGAAAUCCAGCCCAUUAUGCCGUUCCCCAACCGGAGGCCCCUGGUGCUGAAAACUGGCAGCAAAUUCUCCGUCCGCGCCAGGCUCCUGGUCAAGCUGCAGGAUCGAAGCCAUCGGCUGGAGGUGAAAAUCGUCCUCGACCAGCAUCCCCCCGACGUGAAAGGGUUCCGGAAAUUCAACAUCCUGACGUCCACCAGCAAGACACUGGUCCAGGAUGAUCCGCAGAUGGAGGGGCUGGUCUGCGACUUCCGGCACAUAUCGCUGAAGGACCAGAGGGCCGGGGCCUCGGGCAAAGGCAGCAAAGGUGCCAGCGAGGGCCUGCUGGCCGUCACGGAGGAGCUGCACCUCAUCACAUUCACACUGGACUAUAAGUACCAGGAGCUGGCGCUGGAGCUGCAGACGUCUACCCUGCCCGUGGUGAUCAUCUCCAGCAACAACCAGCUCUCCAGCGCCUGGGGCUCCGUGCUCUGGUUCAACAUGCUCAGCCCAGACCCCAAGAACCAGCUGUUCUUCUCCGCGCCGCCGGCCGCUUCCUGGGCCCAGCUGGCCGAGGUGCUGAACUGGCAGUUCUCAGCCGCCACCGAGCGCGGGCUGGACAAGGAGCAGCUGCACAUGCUGGCGGAAAAGCUCUUGGGGCCAGAAGCCACCCCCGCCAGCACUCUGACCUGGGCCAAGUUCGCCAAGGACAACCCGCCCGUCUUCUCCUUCUGGACCUGGCUGGACGGGAUCCUGGGCUUGAUCCGAGACCACCUGGGCCAGCUCUGGAAGGACGGGCACAUCAUGGGCUUCGUGAGCCGCAGGCGGGAGCGGCAGCUGCUGAAGAGGAAGCAGAUGGGCACCUUCCUGCUGCGUUUCAGCGAGAGCAGCCGCGAGGGCGGCAUUACCUGCAGCUGGGUGGAGCCCGGGGAGAAAGGUCAGCCCAAGGUCCGUUCCGUGGAGCCCUACACCAAGACGGAGCUGACGUCGCUGCCGCUGCCUGACAUCAUCCACGACUACCAGCUGGUGGCCGCCGAGAACAUCCCCGAGAACCCCCUCAAGUUCCUGUACCCCGGCACGCCCCGGGACGAGGCCUUUGGGAAGUACUACACCGAGAGGAGGGAAGUGGACCUGCUGGAGCAGAGGAAGUACCUGAACCGGCGCCUGAUCAGAGUGUCCUCCAGGCAGCCCCAUGAACCAUGGCUCCCGGAGGACAUGGGGGCGGUGCCCCCUGCAGCUGAGGGGCUGGCAGCCAAUCACCUGGAGGCACUGGGGCUGGGGGCCUAUGGACUGGAGCAGAUGCUGGAGCUGGGACCCAAUGGGCUGGAGCCGGCGCUGGAGCCGGGACCCAAUGGGCUGGAGCGGGCGCUGGAGCCGGGGGCCAAUGGGCUGGAGGCGCUGGAGCCGGGGGCCAGUACUCAAGAGGUGCUGGAGGCGCUGGAGCAAGAACUGGACCAGAUGAGGUUUGAUCGGGCUGGCUCCAACGUGCUCCGAGGCGGGGACCCCUACCUGCCCCCGCCGGACGACAUGCCCCCGCCGGGGCUGCCUGCCAACGCCUUGUUCCUGGGGGCCAACGACCUCACCCCGCUCCAGGUCGACUCCAAGGACUUCCAGUGACAGCAUCUCCCCUCGCUGGGGGGCUUGGAGGCCAGGGCCUUUUCCCCACCCCUGUUUAUUGGGGGGUGGCCCUGGCUCUGCCCUUCCCCUGCCUUCCGGCUAGGCCCCGGGGCCUCCCAUUGGCCUAGGGGGGCUGUGGUUCUCAGGCCUUCCUGGCUAGGGGGGUUCUGGCCUUAGUGUUGGGGGUGCAGGUGGCUCCCCCCAGGGGUGAGACGAACUCUUUCUCUUGUAAAUAAACCUGCCCCGCCCCAGCUUGCUGUGGUGCUGAUGGGGGGGGGGGGGAUCCCCCGAACUGUCUAUCCCCCUUGUCAAGUAUCAGAGGGGUAGCCCUGUUAGUCUGGGUCUGUAAAAAGUCCUGUGGCACCUUAUAGACUAACAGACGUAUUGGAGCAUGAGCUUUCGUGGGUGAACACCCUUGGGGGGCCCUGUGUGGGCUGCACCCUCCAGCUGCCAGGGGCUGUUGUGCUCUGGAUGGCCACCAGAGGGCACCACACCCUCUCCUACUAUUCCUGCCCCCCCCAAGGUUGCAGAGCUGGGGGGUUCCCCCCCUCUGGAGGGGAGCCCCUGGCCCUUCGCCGAAGCAGAAUUCUGCUCCCCCCCAAGCCAGGAGCAGGGCCCUGGCUGGCUGCCGGGGCCUGAGGCCCCCAGGCUGGGCUGGUUCCAGGGUGGGGGGAGGGGCCUGGAUGUGGGGAGGAGCAGGGAGGGCUGAGCCUGGGGGGAGGGGUGUGUUACCAGGCAGCCCACCCCCCACCCCCCGGGGGUGCACUAGGGGCUGGGACUGGCUUGAGGCUUCCCAGGGUGUCAAAGCUGGGAGCAGACCCCAGGCGUCUUGCCCCUCAGUCCAUCCAUGUCCCCCCUGCCCCUCAACCACACUGCCUCCUCCUGAAGUGGGGGGGGGCUGAGCAGGGAGGACGAUGCCCCUGCUGCCUGCCAACAGGCAGAAACCCCUGCCCCCGGCACUGUCCUUGGAGAGGCCCUGACCCAUCUGCAGGGAGGCUGGGGUGGGGGGCUGGGUGUUGGUCUCUGAGAUGAUCCUGUCCUGAGCUUGGUGGCCCAAGGGUGCAACCCCCAGCUCCCCCACCCCACGUGGUGCCAGUCACGUGGCUGGGAAUUUUUCAUAAUAUUUUGUAUGAUGACUGUGUGUGCCUCAGUUUCCCCAGGUGCUGCAUAGUAAACCUCCCCCGUCCCCACACCUCGUUUACUCCGUGCAGCGACCCAGGUGUGACUGACAAUGCCAGGCUGGCUGGGGCCUGGGCCCCUUGCCCCGGAGAGGCCCAGAAGACAACGGCCUGGGCAUUUGGAUCCUAGCAACUAUUGCCCCUGGUCGGCCGACCCUCUGCAGGAAGCCAGCCCGGUGCGACCAGCUGGAGAGCAACGCGCCAAGGAGGAGGAAGACCAGGGGCUGAGGUUUGCCCGGGAACAGAAGACAGGACUGAGGGGGGCCGAGGACUGUUGUUAAGUGCGGGCUGCUGGAAGCCGCGGACCCUUCGGCACUGGGCUCUGGACUGACCCCCAAAGACUUUCCAAUUCUUUGUGCUGCCCCAAGGUCUUCCUAGAUGUGUAAUAAACCCCCCAAACAGCA